ACGCCUACCUUGCGCAUCGACACGCCCACCUCCCGGACAUGACACGCCCACAACGUUGAGGCGUUAAAGAGACUGGGAUCCAGGUUUGUUUUGUGAUCUUGGCACAGGCGCUUCUUCCUAAUUCACACCGAAUCUCACAGCAAACUCUCCGAAGCAAUCAUGUCUAAGAGAACUGCAGGUCACAUAGAGCACAACGAUCUAACUGAUGCUUCAAUCAUCAGGAUUCCUCCACACCACUACAUCCAUGUCUUGGAUCAGAACACCAACAUUGCUCGAGUUGAGGUCGGACCCCUCACCUACAUCCGCCAGGACAAUGAGAGGGUUCUCUUCUCCCCAACUCGUAUGACCAUGGUGCCCCCUCGCCAUUACUGUGUGAUUGUGAACCCAGUUGCUCGUGAUGAUGAGGGACAAGUUCUGUUUGACACCACAGGACAGGCUAAACUUCGCCAUGCAGACCUGGAGAUCCGUCUGACCCAGGAUCCAUUCCCCCUUUAUCCAGGAGAAGAGAUCCAGAAGGCAGUGACUCCACUGCAAAUCGUGUAUCCUGAUACGGCCCUGAGGCUCCAGUCUCUUCUUGACUUUGAGGAGGAGAGUGGAGAGAAGAGAGUGGCUGGAGAUGAAUGGCUGUUUGAAGGACCAGGUACAUACAUCCCCAGGAAGGAGGUGGCCGUGCUGGAAACCAUCAAAGCCACAGUGAUUCGAGAGAACCAAGCUAUUCGUCUUCGAGCUCGCAAAGAGGGUGUGGACCGCAGCGGAAUUCGCAGAGUGACUGGUGAGGAGUGGCAGAUCAGUAAAGUUGGAGCAUACCUUCCUGGAGCGCAUGAGGAAGUCAUCGAUAUUGUGAAUGCGUUUAUCCUCACUGAUAAGCGUGCCCUACAUGUGCGUGCUCUGCGCCCAUUUCGGGAUGCAGGAGGCCGAGACAGAAGGACAGGGGAAGAGUGGCUGGUGACGGUGGCAGACAGAGAAGCACAUAUUCCCUCUGUGGCUGAGGAGAUCGUUGGGGUGGUGGAUGUGACCACGCUGAGCAGUAGGGAGUACUGUGUGAUCCUGGACCCAGUUGGGCCAGAUGGAAAGCCCCAGCUCGGACAGAAGAGAGUGGUGAAGGGCGAGCGAUCAUUCUUUCUGCGUCCUGGUGAGCGUUUGGAGAAUGGCAUACAGGAUGUCUACGUGCUGUCUGAAGAGGAAGGAUUGGUGCUGCGUGCCGUGGAGGCCUUCGCUGAUACAAAGGCGCAAGAGGAAGAUGGAGAGGAAGAGGAGAAAGAGGGCAGCUCCAAAAAAGCAGGUGUUCAAAGACGCCCGGGAGACCGCUGGAUGCUGCGUGGGCCGAUCGAAUACGUGCCGCCUGUUUCCGUCGAGGUUCUGCUGCGACGCCAGGCUAUUCCACUGGAUGAGAAUGAAGGAAUAUACGUGCGUGACAUCAAAACCGGCAAGGUGCGGGCUGUGAUCGGGCACAGCUACAUGCUGACGCAUGAUGAGGAGUUGUGGGAAAAGGAACUUCCUUCUAACGUGGAAAAGUUGCUGAACAGUUUGCGUGACCCCCUGGCCAGUCGCUCUGAACGUGGCAGUGAAGACCUUGCUGUCCCCAGAGACAAAACCAGAGUGGUGUCUUAUCGCGUUCCCCACAAUGCCGCAGCGCAGGUGUACGAUUACAGAGAAAAGAAAGCCAGGGUGGUGUUUGGGCCUGACUUGGUGAUGCUGGGUCCUGAUGAGCAGUUCACGAUUCUGUCUCUGUCUGGAGAGAAACCGAAGCGAGCAAAUGUCAUUAAAGCCAUCUGCCUGCUCCUCGGCCCUGACUUCUGCACGGACAUCAUCACCAUAGAAACCGCUGAUCACGCCCGUCUGCAGCUCCAGCUCGCCUAUAAUUGGCACUUUGAGAUAAAGAACCAGUCAGACCCUGCACAAGCAGCAGCUCUCUUCUCAGUGCCCGACUUUGUGGGAGACGCCUGUAAAGCCAUUGCAUCUAGGAUCAGAGGAGCUGUCGCUUCAGUACAGUUUGAUGACUUCCACAAGAACUCUAACAGGAUCAUCUGCUCAGCCGUGUUCGGCUUCGACGAGAAGCUGUCGGUAAGAUCAAAUCUGCGCUUCAAUCAGAAUGGACUGGUGAUCAGCAGCGUAGACAUUCAAUCAGUGGAGCCAGUGGACCAGCGCACACGUGAUGCCCUGCAGAAGAGUGUCCAGCUCGCCAUUGAGAUCACCACCAACUCCCAGGAGGCCACUGCUCGGCAUGAGGCAGAGCGUCUGGAGCAGGAGGCACGGGGCAAACUGGAGAGGCAGAAGAUCACAGACCAGGCAGAAGCUGAGAGAGCCAGGAGAGAGCUGCUAGAGCUGGAGGCACUCAGUGCUGCGGUAGAGAGUACAGGAGCUGCCAAGGCAGAGGCUCAGUCCAGGGCAGAAGCAGCACGUAUCCAGGGUGAGGCUGCUGUGGAAGAGGCCAGACUUAAAGCUGAGGCCCAGAAAAUAGAAGCUGAAGCUGAACUGAUGCGUUUAGCAAAAGCACGUGAGCAGGAGCUCCAGUAUAAGAAGGAAAUCGAUCGCCUGGAGGUGGAGAAGCAGCAGAAACUGUCUGAGAUUGAAAGCAACCGUUUCAAACACCUGGUGGAGGCUAUAGGCAGCGAUACUCUGACAGACAUGGCCAGAGCCGGACCAGAGCUACAGGUUAAACUGCUACAAGCUCUGGGUCUUAAAACAACCCUGAUCACAGAUGGCUCUUCUCCCAUCAAUCUGUUCACUACCGCCAAUGGCCUGCUGGGGGCAAUGAAGAGCCCUGAAGAGAAGUAAAAUGCUGAAACUGAAAAGAAAAUAAGAACCAAUAUACUCCAAUUUCUUGAAUAGAGUUUAACUUGGAAUGCACUGCAAAGCCAUUAUUUGUUUGUUCGUUAGAUACUGUUAGAUAUUUUUUCCUGUUUCUUUUCCUCUGACAAGUAUCAUUUGUAAGAGAAAAUAGAAUAGCAGGAUUAAUGCUAUGCAAUAGUAGGCUGGAAUGUAGUCUAUUCAACUAUAUUUUCGGUUAUUAUAAUGUGCCUGACUUGACAUGCCAUUUCUGUUUCAUUCAGAUCCUCACCAAGGCCUUAUAUAACAAUCUAUCUUUGUAUACCACCUGUGCAUUUAUAAGUAUCAAAUAAACUUAAAAAUAUAAAUA